CUGGUAUAUAGCAUCUGAAACUUAGUCUGCUUUUUAAGGGAUAAUUUGUGAACGAACAAAUAAAUACCAUAACAAAAUUUAUUGCUUCAAUGGUGAACUAUCAGAAUAGUAUAAUUAUUUUCUGGAAUAACUAAAAAUUAGUAUCUCAGUGCUAACUUUUAAGACUUCAGCAAUAGUAUGUAUGUAUGUACACGAAAUAGGCCGGUGAACAAUUGAUUUUCGCACUUAAACAAAAAUAAGACGAAUUUAAACUUAUUUAAAAUUUCACAUCAGAUCAGAGAUCAGAUGCUUUCGUUUUGUAACAGUACUAACAGUAGCAACGUAGUCUGAAACGUUCCUGCGUUCGUGGUGUUGUUUCUUUAUUGUGUUGUGCUUUGAUUUUUACUCUUGAAAAAAGAAAUUAUUAAAUUAUAGUAAAAUGUCGAGCAGCGAACGAGAAUCGGAGAUGGAAUUUGAUGAAGAAUUAAAACAAGAAGUCGUGAAUGAGGAUAAAUACGACAAUGAUAGAACUGAUCAAAACAUUAUGAAUAUAUUAAUUGCAACGGAUAUUCACUUAGGCUAUGAACAAACGAUAAAGAGAGCUCAAGAAGAUGACAGCUUUCGAACUUUUGAGGAAAUUCUUCAAAAAGCUGUAGAAAAAGAUGUGGAUAUGAUACUUUUAGGAGGUGAUUUAUUUCAUGAGGCAAAACCACCCCAUAAUGUAGUUAUGAAAUGUGUAAAUUUACUGAGAAAGUAUUGUUUGAGUGAUAAACCUGUAAAAAUUCAGUUCUUGAGCGACCCAAUAGAAAUUUUUAGCCAUUGUGAUCAUAAGUUAGUUAAUUAUGAAGAUCCAAACUUAAAUGUUGGGAUACCUAUAUUUUCAAUACAUGGAAAUCAUGAUGAUCCAAGUUAUGGUGCUGUUGGAUCAAUGGAUGUUUUAUCUGCCACAGGUCUAAUAAACUAUUUUGGUAAAUGGACAGAUGUAACACAAGUUACAAUACCUCCUCUAUUACUUCGUAAAGGUUUAACUACUGUAGCACUUUAUGGUCUUAGUUAUAUGAAUGAUCAACGAUUAUCAAGAUUGAUGAGAAGUGAUAAAUUCAAUAUGCUGGUUCCUAAACAAGUUGAAGAUACUUUCAAUAUUUUUGUAUUGCAUCAAAAUAGAGCAAGACAUGCUCAAAAUGCAUAUAUUCCUGAAGAUCAAUUACCAGAUUUCUUAAAUCUUGUUCUAUGGGGCCAUGAGCAUGAGUGUAGAAUUCUUCCAGAGGAAAUAAAGAAAGAAGUUACUAAUAACAUCUACUACAUCACCCAACCAGGAAGCCCAGUGGCAACAUCUUUAGCUCAAGGAGAAUCUGUUAAAAAACAUGUUGGAAUUUUAAGUAUUUAUAAAACUUCAUUUAAAAUUGAAUGUGUUCCAUUACAUACUGUCAGACCAUUUGUUUUCGAUAAUAUUCUUUUGGAUGAACACACUGAUGAAAUAUCCAAAUUCAAAAGUAAAUCAGAAGCUGUUGAAGAAUUUAUUGAUAAUUAUAUUGAACAUAAUAUGAUUGUUAAAGCUUCAGAUCAAAUGACAGGACAUUCACAACAACCUGAAAAACCGUUAUUAAGAUUAAGAGUAUUUUAUAGUGAUGAUCAAGAUUUGUUUGAUCCUCUAAGAUUAUCGCAAAAAUAUUAUCACGUAGCAGCCAACCCAAACGACAUGGUUCUUUUUCGUAAAUGUUCAAAUAAGUUGAAAAAAAAUUAUAUUAAGGCAGAAGUUGAAGAUUUAGAGGAAAUCGCUGAAAUUUUCCGAUUCGAUGAUACUGAUAGAGACUGGAGAAGGACAGUUCAAGGCGGCAUGACUGAAUAUUUUAGUCAAGACAAUAAUAUGAAUAAGCUAACAGUAUUAUCAUUAACUGGUUUAAAUGAAGCUUUAACACGAUUUGUUAAUGCAAAUGACAAUAAAGCAUUCCACGAUUUAGUCAAGCAUCAAAUAAAAAAAACCGUCAAUUACUUAAUGAAAGACAAUCCUAAUUAUAAAAAUAAAGAAGAUAUUCUUGAAGCUAUAAAAAAAUAUAGAGAUUCAAGAUUAAACAAAGACAAAGAAGAAAAAACAGAGGAUAAAAAUUUCUUUGAUACAAGAGAUAGCGCAGUAGCUGAUGUUAGUAAGGAAAACUCUACAUCGCGAGAAGAAGAUAGCGACGGUAAAGCUGAAGAAAUUUCUGUCUCAACAAAAACAAGAGGUCGAGGAAGAGGGCGAGGUAGAGGAAGGGGAACAACUACUUCCAAAGUGAAAGAUAGUCCUGCAAAAGCAACCAGAGGUGGAAGAGUAUCAAAGAAAAAUAUAACAGCAUUAGAAGUAACUACUUCAGGAGGCAGCAAGCAGUCGUUACUGUCGUCCUGGAAAAAACCAUCUGAAACUGGAAAUAUGCCAAGAUAUAUAACCAUUGAUGAUUCAGACUCAGAUUGAAUGUAAUUUGUUGGUAUUAAAAAAUAGAAAUAGGAUUUUCUAUUAUUUAUUAUCUAUUUUCUACACUCAAUGUCUAUUCAUUAAUUUAUUGAAAUAACAUUUACAGCGAUAUGUAUAUUUAUAUAUUUUAAUUGGGAAUGAAUACCUUAUUAAUAUUAUGGUAGUCAUGACAAGUUAAUGAACAAUAUCCUAACAUCAUUUUUGUCAUUACCUGCAUGACGACAGUAUUAUAAACAGCUAUAUUUCAAAAUUUUAUAAUACAAAUUCCGAUACUGGUAACUUUUUGAUUGUGUUAAUAUUCUCUUUUUCAGGUCAUCAACGCUCCCAAAAUAAAAUAAAAUAAAAUAGUAUUUUCAUAUAUAAGAUUAAAGUAAAUAUAUUUCAAUAUUUUAUAUUAAACAAAUUUUACUAAUAAAUAAA